AUGGCGGUACUGGCUAUGAUCGCCUUGGCGGAGCAGACAGCCUUGAAUUCGAUCAGUCCCUACCUCCCGGACAUGGCGUCACAGUUUCCCGAGGUCGAGUCCCGCAAUGUGGGAGUCUACGUUGGCACGAUUGCAUCGGCUUUUGCGUUGGCGCAGUUUGGCACCAAUUACUUCUGGGGCUGGUUGUCGGACCGCGUGGGGAGGAAACCCGUUAUUCUGCUGGGAACGCUUUUGACGGCGCUGUGCUUCGUUGCGUUCGGAUUCUGCAAGACGCUUGGUCAGGCAAUUGCUGUGCAAGCCUUAAUGGGUGCGGUCAAUGGUAAUCAGGGUUUGGUGUCGACUUGCUUGGGCGAGAUCACAGACCGAAGCAACCAGUCCCAGGCUUUCACAUAUCUCCCCGUGCUCUAUGGGAUUGGCGGCAUAUCGGGACCUCUUCUUGGAGGACUGUUGGUUUUCGAACGCAACCCGUUCACCGGCGCGAAAAGCACCUAUCCGUACCUUGCGCCGAAUCUUAUGUCUGCUGCGAUCCUCCUGGUCGACUUUGUGUUGACAUCCCUGUUCUUGGAAGAGAGCCUCGAAGAUGCAGACGACAGUCUCCCGAAAAUUGGAAAAAAGGUUCGCAGUCUAUUCUCCUGGCUGUGGCAAUUCACCGGCUUCGCUCGCCAUCCCACCUACUUGCGGGUUUCGCAGCAGGCCUCCUGUCCACCAGGAGGCCGUGAUGGCGCAGUUGAAGCCGAUGACCAUGACAGUGACCUUGACUCCGCCUCGGAGGUAGAUGAUGAAGAAGACCACCCCGCCGAGGAGCUCACCUGGGACGAGAUCUACAACCGAGACACCAUCCUCCUGCUUUUGACCUAUCUGAUCUUCGCCCUCUGCAACGUCUCGUUCAACUCCUUGUUCCCGAUCUUCGCACAAGCGAGACCCCCUGUUGGGAGAGCCCUCACCCCCUCCGAGAUCGGCCUGUCACAAGGCUUCGCCGGCGCGGUGACAAUCAUCUUCCAAAUCUGUAUUUUUAACCGCCUGCGCGACAAGAUGGGCAACCGGUGGUCUUAUCGUGCUGGUCUUUUCGGCUUUGUGAUCUCGUUCCUUCUCAUGCCCUUUGUCGGGUAUAAAAGCGCAGAGACCAAGAAGUUAACGGGCAAGUCUGCUCUCAUGGCCAUCGAGCUAUGUUCCGUGCUACUGGUUAAAACCGUUGCCUCGGUGGGCGGUCUGACUAGUGCACUGCUACUGGUCACAAACUCAGCACCCAACCAUGCCGUCCUAGGCGCGUUGAACGGUCUCGCGCAGACCCUUUCCGCUGCAGGCCGCACCGUUGGCCCAUUUUUGUCAGGCGGCUUGUUCUCCCUCACAUCUAAAAUUCAACCCAAGGGUGAAGCCCUAGCCUUUGGCGUAUUCGGAGCUGUCUCGUUCAUCGGUUUCAUCAUGAGCUUCGGUAUCCGUGGCCGGUCUCUCGAGGCCGAUGGCUGGGAGAGCGAUGAUGCAAACUAUAAGUCCGAUGAUGAUGAGCCGAACGGUGUUUGA